AAAAAAAAAAGGAAGUGGGUGAAAGAAGGAAGAGAUCCUGAUGGAAAUCAGGGCACCCUGACCAGCUCCUGCUUGGGGAGUGAGCAAGGCGAGGCGGAAACGAGAUUUCCCUACAAGUUUUUGCUGCUGAAGGGUGCUCAGGAGCCUUCCUCGGCCGGCGAGGGGAGGAAACCACUCCGGGACUACUCCAGCAGUAGGAAGACCGAGGAGUGGAGUGGAUGAAUUUACCGAUGAGAGAUCCAGUAAUCCCUGGGACAAGCAUGGCUUAUCAUCCUUUUUUACCGCACCGGGCACCGGACUUUGCCAUGAGCGCUGUGUUGGGACAUCAGCCUCCCUUCUUCCCGGCUCUGGCUUUGCCUCCCAAUGGGGCGGCCGCCCUCUCCCUUCCCGGGGCACUGGCUAAACCCAUCAUGGAUCAGCUAGUGGGGGCUGCAGAGACUGGUAUUCCCUUUUCUUCCCUGGGUCACCAGGCAGCAGCCCAUCUGAGGCCUUUAAAAACUCUGGAGCCAGAAGAAGAGGUAGAAGACGAUCCAAAAGUGCAUCUGGAAGCUAAAGAGCUUUGGGAGCAGUUCCAUAAAAGAGGCACGGAGAUGGUGAUUACCAAAUCGGGAAGGAGAAUGUUUCCUCCAUUUAAAGUGAGAUGCACUGGACUGGAUAAAAAGGCCAAGUACAUUUUAUUGAUGGAUAUUGUGGCGGCCGAUGAUUGUAGGUACAAAUUCCAUAAUUCCCGGUGGAUGGUAGCCGGCAAGGCUGACCCUGAAAUGCCAAAGAGAAUGUACAUCCACCCGGACAGCCCGGCCACCGGCGAACAAUGGAUGUCCAAAGUCGUCACCUUUCACAAGCUGAAGCUCACUAACAACAUCUCUGACAAGCACGGAUUUACCAUUUUAAACUCCAUGCACAAGUACCAGCCCCGGUUCCACAUCGUCCGAGCCAACGAUAUCCUCAAGCUUCCUUACAGCACGUUCAGGACCUACGUUUUCCCGGAGACUGAAUUCAUCGCAGUGACCGCAUACCAGAAUGAUAAGAUCACGCAAUUAAAAAUUGACAACAACCCCUUUGCCAAAGGUUUUCGGGACACCGGGAAUGGAAGGAGGGAAAAGAGGAAGCAGCUGACCCUGCAGUCCAUGCGGGUGUACGACGAGAGGCAGAAGAAGGAGAAUCCCACCUCGGACGAGUCGUCCAAUGAGCAGACGGCCUUCAAGUGCUUUGCCCAGUCCUCGUGUCCGGCCGUGCCUGCCGUGGGCACCUCCAGCCUCAAAGAUCUCUGUCCCAGCGAGGGAGACAGCGACGCAGACAGCAAAGACGAUCCCUUGCUAGAAGGCAACGAGUCGGGCAAAAUCAGCACGACCACCGCCGCCACCCCAGCGCCGGCCAGCUCCGCUGCCACCGCGGGGGACGACCCCCGGGACAAGGGCGGCAGCCCCUCCAAAAGCCACUUCUUCCCUGGGGACUCGGCAGGGAGUCGGAGCCGAGAGAGGACUGAGAAGGCCCCUCCGGACUCUCGGCACAGCCCGGCUACCAUCUCUUCCAGCACCCGGGGGGGAAGCCUGAGCGGCGAGGAACUGAAAAGCCCCCUCAGGGAUGGCCCCAAAGUAGAUGAGAACCGACUGCUGGGGAAAGAGCCCUUCACCCCCCUGACGGUGCAAACCGACAGCACGGCCCACCUGAGCCAGGGACACUUGCAGAACCUCGGCUUUCCCCCUGCCCUGGCCGGCCAGCAGUUCUUCAACCCGCUGGGGAACGGGCACCCGCUGCUGCUGCACCCCGGGCAGUUCGCCAUGGGGGGAGCGUUCUCCGGCAUGGCCGCGGGCAUGGGGCCCCUCCUCGCCACCGUCUCCGGGGCAUCCGCCGGGGUCUCGGGACUGGACAACACGGUCAUGGCCACGGCGGCGGCCCAGGGACUCUCGGGAGCAUCGGCGGCUGCUUUGCCUUUCCAUCUGCAGCAGCACGUCCUGGCUUCACAGGGCCUGGCCAUGUCUCCUUUCGGCAGCCUUUUCCCCUACCCCUACACCUACAUGGCGGCGGCGGCCGCCGCCUCCAGCGCCGCUUCCAGCUCGGUGCACCGGCACCCGUUCCUGAGCGCCGUGCGGCCGCGGCUCCGCUACAGCCCCUACCCGCUGCCCGUGCCGCUGUCGGACGGCAGCAGCCUGCUCACCACCGCGCUGCCCGGCCUGGCCGCCGCCUCCGGGGAGGGCAAGGCGGGCGGGCUGAGCGCCAGCCCCGGCUCCGUGCCCCUGGACUCCGCCUCGGACCUCACCAGCCGCUCCUCCACCCUCUCGUCCGGCUCCGUGUCGCUGUCCCCCAAGCUGGGCGCGGACAAGGAAGCGGCCACCAGCGAACUGCAAAACAUCCAGCGCCUGGUCAGUGGGCUCGACCCCAAGCAGGACAGAUCCCGCAGCGGCUCCCCGUAACCCCGGCCUCCGGGAGCUCAUUUCAAAUCAGUCUCUCAGUGCACUUUGUUUGAAAGAAACCACAUCCUCCACCCCGCGAGUGUUUUGGUUUUGUUUUUGCCCCUUCCUUUAUUUUUUUUCUUUCUAUUUUUUUUUUUUUUUUAUAUAAAAUCCCGCGGCGUUGUGUGCGUGCUUAACAACAAAAAGGUGGGGCAGGGAAAAAGGGGUA